AUGGCCUGUCAAAACCUUGACCCAGCCACCACCAGUGUUGCUGCUGCCUAUGAAGGUGCCACCCCCAGCAGGGGUGCUGCCCGGUACCUUGUGGGCAAAAGGCUACAGCAGGAGUUGGUGACCUUCACAAUGCCUACAUAUGAAGACCUGAGGUAUAAGCUCUCCCUAGAGCUCCCCAGGGGCUACCCUUACAAUGUACCAAUGGUGAAGUUCCUCACGCCCUGCUACCACCCCAACAUGGACACCCAGGGUAAUAUCUGCCUGGACAUCCUGAAGGACAAGUGGUCUGCCCUGUAUGAUGUCAGGACCAUCCUGCUCUCCAUCCACAGCCUUCGAGGCGAACCCAACAUUGAUAGCUCGUUGAACAGGCAUGCUGCCAAGCUCUGGAAACCCCCCACAGCUUUUAAGAAGCACCUGCAAGAAACCUACUUAAAGCAGGUCACCAGACAGGAGCCCUGACCCAGGC